GCCGUCCGCUUCCUGCCGCGGAGGAGGGCCGGUGGCGGGCCGGGCUCGGAGUGAAGCCUCUGCAGUUGAGACAUCGUUAAUCCAGGCUGCAAAUUUUAUAGCUGGAUUAGAGCUUGAAGGCAUAUUAGGAUGUGGAUUUGGUCAGCUCCGCUGUUGCAGAGUCAGACUGAAGAGAGGAAGGAAGGCUCUUGUUUCACAGCAUCACUGUUUUUCUUCUUUUUCUUCCUUCGGAUCGGGUUCUGAAGUGUAGGGUGAAGGUUUCUCUUCGUGGUGCAUGGACGGAAAGCCAAUGCGCAGGUGUACCAGUACUCGACCAGGGGAGACCGGAAUGGAUGUGACCAGCCGAUGCACACUGGGAGAUCCUAACAAGCUGCCGGAAGGGGUGCCGCAGCCUGCGCGUAUGCCUUACAUCUCCGACAAGCACCCUCGGCAGACUCUGGAAGUCAUCAAUCUUCUCCGGAAGCACCGGGAGUUGUGUGAUGUGGUGUUGGUGGUAGGUGCCAAGAAGAUCUAUGCUCACAGGGUGAUCCUGUCCGCCUGCAGCCCGUACUUCCGAGCCAUGUUCACUGGGGAGCUGGCAGAGAGUCGGCAGACAGAAGUGGUGAUCAGAGACAUCGACGAAAGGGCCAUGGAACUGCUCAUUGACUUUGCCUACACCUCUCAGAUUACUGUGGAAGAGGGAAAUGUCCAGACCUUGUUGCCAGCUGCUUGCCUUCUCCAGCUGGCUGAGAUCCAGGAGGCCUGCUGCGAGUUCCUUAAGAGACAGUUGGACCCUUCCAAUUGCCUGGGCAUCCGAGCUUUUGCUGACACUCACUCGUGCCGUGAACUGCUGAGGAUUGCUGACAAGUUCACCCAGCAUAAUUUCCAGGAGGUAAUGGAGAGCGAGGAGUUCAUGCUGCUUCCUGCCAAUCAGCUCAUAGACAUCAUAUCCAGCGACGAGUUAAAUGUUCGCAGUGAAGAGCAGGUGUUCAACGCAGUGAUGGCCUGGGUGAAAUACAGCAUUCAGGAAAGAAGACCCCAGCUGCCACAGGUCCUCCAGCACGUUCGCCUGCCACUGCUGAGUCCCAAGUUUCUUGUGGGCACAGUGGGCUCUGAUCCUCUUAUUAAGAGCGAUGAGGAAUGCCGGGAUUUAGUGGAUGAAGCCAAAAACUAUCUCCUGCUACCCCAAGAGCGACCGCUGAUGCAAGGACCGAGGACUAGACCACGCAAACCCAUCCGCUGUGGAGAGGUGCUCUUUGCAGUGGGGGGCUGGUGUAGCGGGGAUGCAAUCUCCAGCGUGGAACGGUAUGACCCUCAAACCAAUGAGUGGAGGAUGGUGGCUUCCAUGAGCAAAAGGCGCUGUGGCGUUGGUGUCAGUGUUCUGGAUGAUCUUCUGUAUGCAGUGGGAGGCCACGAUGGUUCUUCUUACCUGAACAGUGUAGAAAGGUACGAUCCAAAGACGAAUCAAUGGAGCAGUGAUGUGGCCCCCACCAGCACCUGCAGGACCAGUGUUGGAGUAGCAGUUCUUGGGGGCUACCUUUAUGCAGUGGGUGGCCAGGAUGGUGUCUCUUGCCUCAACAUUGUGGAAAGGUAUGAUCCCAAAGAAAACAAAUGGACUCGAGUGGCUUCCAUGAGCACCAGGCGCCUGGGAGUUGCAGUGGCUGUUUUAGGGGGCUUUCUCUAUGCAGUGGGAGGCUCUGAUGGAACUUCUCCUCUCAAUACAGUGGAACGAUACAAUCCUCAGGAGAACCGCUGGCAUACGAUUGCACCCAUGGGGACGAGGAGGAAGCACCUGGGCUGUGCAGUGUACCAAGACAUGAUAUAUGCUGUGGGAGGCAGAGAUGAUACGACGGAGCUUAGUAGUGCUGAGAGAUACAACCCUCGAACCAACCAGUGGUCUCCUGUCGUGGCCAUGACAUCCAGACGGAGUGGAGUUGGCCUUGCAGUGGUGAAUGGACAGCUAAUGGCCGUGGGAGGGUUUGAUGGCACAACGUACUUGAAGACCAUUGAGGUGUUUGAUCCAGAUGCUAACACAUGGAGGUUGUACGGAGGGAUGAACUACCGGCGGCUGGGAGGAGGAGUGGGUGUUAUCAAAAUGACACACUGUGAAUCCCAUAUAUGGUAAGCACCAAGAGAGAGGGAGACCCCCUGGUUCCCAUUCCUAGAUCAACUGAAGAGACUUGUUGACACUGGACUCUUUGCGGCUCUCGUAUGGAUGGUCUAGACCUGAUGUAACUCUUUGCCGUUGGUUCUUUCUAUGGAAUUAUUAAAAUGACUUCUGUGAGAGUGUGCCCAAUGGGAGACCACAUUGUCAGCCUCCAGGGAAUCACUGGACAAAAGUAGAAGUGUUGCUUAUGUCCAUAUUUUUUUUCUAACUAGUCUACAAUUUUGAAUAAACCAAACUGUACAAUUCACCAUAGCAUAAACAAUGCCAAUGCACAGACUACAAGCUACAAUGGGAGUCUGGCAAGGAGAGUGUCCUGCCUUUCCCUCCUGCUGUGAGCAUUGGAUGUGGCAGCUGUGUUGGUGGGUGAAAGAGGAAGGUGAUAGAGAAAACAUUGCUUUUGCCUUAUUUACAGAGAGCUUCAAAAAAGAUAAAAGUACUUGAUCUGCAAGGUGCCACCUUUGCACAGAAGCUUUCCUGUGCACAGAGUAUAUUUAUUUUUUCAUUUAAUUUGUAUCACGUCUUUUCUUUGUAUUGCUCACAGCGCUGAUUCCAGCUUUUUAUAUACAUAUAUAUGUGUGCAUAUAUAUGUAUUUUAUAUAUAUGUAUAUGUGCGUGUGCAAUUUGAGUUUUAAUGAGUUGAUGGUUAGGGCAGGGCUAUGUCCUGCAAGCUGUUGUGGUUCCAACCCUGGUGGUAUGUAGUUGGGUCUCAGAGUAUGGAAGAGCUAUGGGUACCCUGAGUGUCUUUUCAGUCUUGCUGGAGGCAAGAAGUAGAACUGGAACUCUCAUCUAUCGACUGAAUCAGUGAAAGGCCAUAAAAGAAGGUGAGAGUGAAAAGGAUUUCAUAUGAUGCCUUUUUACUGUACAGUGUAUGGUACAAAAGUUCAGCUUUUGUCCCUCACCUCCUCUGUAUAUGAACCUAGAAACAACUAGCUGUUGCUUAUUUAAAUAAGUCUCAUAUUCAGCAGGCAACCACUUCUUCUCUGAAGCUGGUAGGCAGGUAUCAUCCGUUAAUUCUGGCUAGCCUAGAUCAGCACUCACCUCUCAGGUUCUUGUUAGAAUGGCAGACCCGCAGUCGAGUCAGCUCCUGCUGUGAAAUGCUUAGACCAGCAUCACCUUAGCUGCCCUCCUGCCUCUCAUCUGUGUCUCUAGAACUCCUGUUGUAAAACACUGACCACGAUGAGGUGGUGCACUCCCUUUCGAUGAUUCGUUUAAAAUGCACUUUCUCUGUUCUUGGCUAGAGCAGGAAAAGGUCUGAAAUCGUGGAAGUUUGGAAGGGAGGGACUGUUUGCUGGCACUGUGAAUUACUGUCAUGUUUUGGUGAGUGCAGAAGUACCCAGGGUAGGGAGAGAGGAAGGAGGCACUGUGGACUCAAAGGUUCUGAUACGUUUGUCUGUACUGUAAGUACUGUCUGUACUGAGAAGACCUGUUGCACCUGAUUUAACUUUGGACCUUAUUAAAUCUGAUUUUAAAAGGACUGUGAAUUCUUGAGAUGAAGGCAGUGCUGACAUCUUGAGUUCUGAUCUCCAUCGUUUGAUUUAUGUAACAGCAUUUUAAUGUGCUUGAAUAUAGUAGAAGCUACACUACAGUAAUAAAUGGGUCAUUAAAAGUUUUUUUAAAAGUUCCUUUUCCCCUAAAGGUUGGUAUUCUUACGUUUACAUAUGAAGAUCAUUUGCACCUUUACAAGGAAAACAAGUAUUCUGUAAACAAAUGUUUACAUUUAUCAUUUAUGCUUUUUUCUAGCAUGAGUAACUUGUAUAAAUAGUGCUAUCUUAAUAAAUUUCUUCUAUGCUAUUC